AGAGCAGCAUGGAUUACACUGGAAGCAGAGUCUGUGACCAGGUCCGUCUACAGAUGAGCCUUCAAUAAGAAAGCACAGAGAUUCCCAGAUGGCUCCUGGAGGGAUGAGACAGAGACACGAGGCCGCGGCGGUGACUCCGGAGCCGAGCGGCGUCACCCGGAUCCUCGGCUGGAGGCUGGAGAGGAGCGAGAAGCCGGCCGGGACCAACAAGUACGGGGAUAUCCAUGUGACCGAGGGCAGCGACAUCCGCUUCAGGUUCUACGGGCUCCACUUGUUCCCCAACAGCUCGGCGCUCAUCAGGUUCAUGGAGGUCCAGACCAGCGACAGCGAGGACGGUAUCAACGGAGAUAUCCCGCCCUCCCCCAAUAGGACUUGUCCCGAACACACGAAGGAUAUAGUGGUGAAGGGGAACAUGGACGUCCACAACCAGAACACCUCUGGGGUGGUCUGCCUCCAGAUCAAGCAGCUCCGCAAGAGCGAGGUGGAGAAGGUGUUCGCCCUGUGCGUCCGCGACCCGCAGGAGGAGGAGUGGUACCUGCUGGACAACAGUGACGGCAGACUGCGGGUGAGGGAGGUGAAGAAGUCCCUGAUGCCCAUCUGGCUGCAGGUCAUCGUCGUCUCGUUCCUGCUGGUGCUGUCCGGCAUGUUCAGCGGGCUCAACCUGGGGCUGAUGGCGCUGGACCCGAUGGAGCUCCGCAUCGUGCAGAGCUGCGGCACCGAGAAGGAGAAGAAGUACGCGCGGAAGAUCGAGCCCAUCCGCAGGAAGGGCAACUACCUGCUGUGCUCGCUGCUGCUCGGCAACGUGCUGGUCAACACCACCCUCACCAUCCUCCUGGACGACCUCACCAACUCCGGGGUGGGCGCCGUGGUCGCCUCCACCGUCGGCAUCGUCAUUUUUGGGGAGAUCGUGCCCCAGGCGCUGUGCUCUCGGCACGGCCUGGCGGUCGGGGCGAACACCAUCAUGGUCACCAAGUUGUUCAUGCUCUUGACUUUCCCGCUGUCGUGGCCCAUCAGCAAGCUCCUCGACUGCAUCCUCGGCCAGGAGAUCGGCACCGUGUACAACCGGGAGAAGCUGGUGGGGAUGCUGAAAGUCACCGAGCCCUACAACGACCUGGUGAAGGAGGAGCUCAACAUGAUCCAGGGCGCGCUGGAGCUCCGGACCAAGACGGUGGAGGAUGUCAUGACGCCGAUUGGCAACUGCUUCAUGAUCCACAGCGACACCGUGUUGGACUUCAACACCAUGUCCGAGAUCAUGGAGAGCGGCUACACGAGGAUCCCCGUGUACGAGGACGAGCGCUCCAACAUCGUGGACGUCCUGUUCGUCAAGGACCUGGCCUUCGUGGACCCGGACGACUGCACCACCCUGAAGACCAUCACCAAGUUCUACAACCACCCGGUCCACUUUGUCUUCCACGACACCAAGCUGGACUCCAUGCUGGAGGAGUUCAAGAAAGGAAAGUCCCACCUGGCCAUUGUGCAGAAGGUGAACAACGAGGGGGAGGGAGAUCCCUUCUACGAAGUGUUGGGCCUGGUCACCCUGGAGGACGUGAUCGAGGAGAUAAUCAAAUCAGAGAUUCUGGACGAGUCGGACCUUUACACUGAUAACCGCACCAGGAAAAAGGUGGCGCCCAAUAAGAAUAAGCGAGACUUUUCUGCCUUCAAGAACGAGAAUGAGUCGAAUGUGAAGAUCUCCCCUCAGCUGCUGCUCGCUGCUCAUCGCUUCCUGGCUACAGAGGUGAGCCUGUUCAGCCCGUCGCAGAUCUCAGACAAGGUGCUGCUGCGAAUCCUGCGGCACCACGAGGUGAUCCAGGAGAUCAAGUUUAACGACAGCGACAAGCGCUCGCUCAAUCACUACGUCUACCAGAGGGGCAAACCUGUGGACUACUUCGUUCUCAUCCUGCAGGGCCGAGUGGAAGUGGAGGCUGGUAACGAGAACAUGAAGUUUGAGACCGGACCUUUCUCUUUCUACGGCGUCAUGGCGCUCAGUGCUCCCACACUAGCGGCUGCACAUCGUCCUCGCCACCUCUCCUUUAAGAGGUUUUCUCUGUUCUCUCGGGUGCCAGGUAAAACAGUUUCCUAUGACUCACUGAGGCCCCCUGCUGGAAGACUCACAUCUAUGGAGUUUCGUUCUCCGUCUCACCUCAGCGGGUUGAACCGAACAGCGUCUCUGAGCGGAGCGGACCGGACCGAGUCCCUCUCCGUCAGCGGCAGCAACAGCCAGCUCAACAACAGCUUCACCUCGCAGCAGUACACGCCCGACUUCUACGUCCGAGCCCUCAGUGACCUGCAGCUUGUUAAGAUCACACGGACUCAGUACCAGAACGGCCUGAUGGCGUCCCGUCUGGACAGCACGCCUCAGUCCCCGGAGAGCGGCCACAACACGGUUUGCCUGGAUCAGACCACUCCCCCCGCCAACGCCAACGCCACCACCAUCACGUACCUGGACUCCACCGCAACGGAGAACGGGCCGGACGAGACGACGCUCCUCCUCCUCAACGAGCAGAACUCACCGCACACAGCCAACCACCACAGCCAGCUGGAACACAACAUUUGACCCCCCCACCCCACCCCCCACGUUUGCACGCAUGCACUGCUACGCUCGGAUAUAUGCUGAGGAGGAGGAGAGGAGGAGUGUGUGUGUUGGUGUGUGUGAGAAUGGGAAUGCAGACAAAUGCCAGGGCCAGGCCCGGAGAAACAAGCCAUGUGCACGCAUAUCGUUGAAUAUGCAAGAAUUGAACACGACAGACAUGCACCCAGACAAACCAAAAUGCAUCAUGGGAACUCUCCUUGUACACUUUUCACAUAAAGAGACUCGCCAAACUACAGAACUCAUCUAGUUCACUGAAAUCAAAAGGAUAUCUGCAUCUGUGCACGUGUAUGUGUGUGUGUGUUUGCGUGCUCCUCGUGUAUUAACUGACGACAAAGAUCUGAAGGACCUGCUUCUUUGGACCAGAAGGCUCCUCCCCUCUCUCUUGCCCGUCAAAGCAGUCGCUCUUCGGAGGCCUCGCCCAUCCUGCGAGAUUCGUCCUCGAUUUGUUUGUGUGUUUUUACGUGUGUGUGGGUGUGUGUGUGUGGGUGUGUGUGUGUGUGGUCCCUAAUCAGACUCAGGGAGACUCCCCCCAGUACGGACAUGCAAGUGCAGCAGUGGAACGUCUAGAACCCAACCCGCCGCUAAAUGUGUAGGACCCUGCGUUCCACCACCCUCACAGCUAGAAGACUAAAGACGACCCCAGCAUGUCAGCGGAGCUCAGACAAACUAAUAUAUGAUCCAUAGACAUUUAUAGUCAGAUAUUUAUUGUCAAAUCAUGUGUGAGACUGACACACAAGACUCCUACUGACUCUGUUGUCGUUUGGUUUAGGGGAGUGUGGGUGGAUUUCUACAAGAUAAGAAAUAUACACACAUAUUUAUAUGUGAAUGUAUAUUUAUAUAUAAAUUCCUUCUUGUUUCCUGUAACGAAGCAGAAAGUAGCCCAGAGCCUUUAUCCCCGAGUCGGUGAGAGAUUCAGCGAUAGACUGUAAUUGUGAUUAAGACAAUCAACAUGAUGAAUGUGUUCAAUGUGUAGGGUACGUUAACUGUGGCAGCCCCCCCCCGGGCAUCUGACCUGUCCUCUGCAUCUCGAUGACAGAUCCUAAAAGACGAGAUGGGCAGAUUUCCGAUAAAUCAGUUUUCACAGAGGUGAAAAUGUUUGAUUUACUUUACAAGAAACGGUGGUUUGUAUGUGUGUGUGUCCGUAUGUGUGUGUAUGUGCGCGUGUGUGUGACCAAAAUGGCCAUCAGCAGCAGACUUGGUGGGAACAGAAACCAAAAGAGGGAAGCUUUAUCACCUCGUGACUAGAAAAUACUAUAAGAAAUCAGAGAUUUUAUUUAUUUGGUUUAACGUGUGUGUAAAUAUAUAUUUUUGUCGAUGAGCUGGGGCGAGAAAUCAGAUUUUUAUUUUGCCUCAUUGUGAGAUUUUACGUGUUCCAUGUUCUUUUUGCAUUCAGUGGUUAUUUUGGGGUUUUUUAAUCAGUCGUGGGGGAAAGGGUCACUCUCGCUUAAUGAGCAGCGACUUGACCGUUAGUCGUUGUUUUAUGUUUCUGUAGCUGAGCACACGGCUCAACCCUGACGUCGAGCAACGCUUUGUCACUUUAAUUGGAAAAUAAUGUGUAUGUUUUCACAAAGAAUGGGUAUUUUUUUUUUUUUGCUCACACUCCAGUUAACUGUACAAUCUGCUGAGAUUUUAAAGUGAACUUUAUCCCCAAAAAUCUCACACAUCAUGUGUCAUGUAAUAGAUUUCUCUGAUUUCAGAGCCACAGAUAUCAGAUAUUUAUAAUUAAAUGUUUUCAGUGAUAUACAACAUGAGAAAUAAACCAUACAUCCAG